AUGGCGCGUCGGGGCACGGAGGCGUUCCCGGACCUGGGCGCGCACUGCGACGAGGCGGGGUGCAACCAGCUCGACUUCCUCCCCUUCGAGUGCGACGGCUGCGGCGGGUUCUUCUGCGCGGCGCAUCGCGUGUACCGGGACCACGGCUGCGCCAAGGCCCCUGACCAGGGCCGCACCGUCGUGGUGUGCCCGGACUGCGGCGACGCCAUCGAGCGGACGGCGGUGCCGGGGCGGCAGUGCGACCGGGAGAUCCUGGACGCGCACGCGCGGUCGCGCCGCUGCGACCCGGCGAGGAAGCGCAAGCCGCAGUGCCCCGUGCGGCGAUGCAAGGAGGCGCUCACGUUCAGCAACACCAGCCAAUGCAAGGGAUGCGGCCUCAAGGUGUGCCUGAAGCACCGGUUCCCCGCGGAUCACAACUGCGCGGCGGCGGCGGCCGCGGGAGCCAAGAGGGCCGGUAGUACUGCGGGGUGUGGCCGUGUGGCCGCGACGUGCAGAAGCAGCAGCAAGGUGGUUGCCGGCCGGCGCUGGCGGUGUCCGCCAUGA